ACUCGCCAGAUCGCAGAUAAUACACAGUGGGGCUGCUAGUCAACCAGACAAGUAUAUAUUCUCCCGCCAAAGUCAUUUCAUCCGGCCGACCCAAGUACUCAACCGAAAAUUGCUAUUUUUCGGCCGCGAAAUGGAAAUUCCGGUUAUCGAUCUGAGCUCGUACCUGGAAUUCUCAGAUCGACAGCUCUCGCAUCCGGAGACGCAUCUGGAUCCCCAACUCAUCAGUCUGUGCUUAGAAGUGAGCCGAACCCUAGCAGAUACUGGGGCUUUGCUGGUGAAAGACCCGCGCUGCUCCGCUGACGAUAAUGAUCGGUUCAUUGAUAUGAUGGAGAAAUAUUUCGAGCAACCGGAAGAAUUCAAGCGCCUUCAGGAACGGCCUCACCUUCAUUAUCAGGUUGGAGUUACACCUGAAGGAAUUGAAGUACCUCGUAGUUUGGUUGAUGAAGAAAUCCAAGAGAAGCUAAAAUCCUUGCCUCAUGAGUAUCAACCAUCUCCUCUUUCAGGGCCUGACCCUAAGUGGCGGUACAUGUGGAGAGUUGGUCCGCGGCCGGCAAUGACCAAGUUUAAGGAACUGAAUUCAGAGCCAGUCAUACCUGAAGGAUUUCCUGAAUGGAAAGGCACCAUGGAUACAUGGGGAUACAAAAUGAUAUCCGCCAUUGAGACUGUUGCUGAAAUGGCAGGCAUUGGGUUUGGUUUGUCCAAGGAUGCAUUCACUUCUCUAAUGAAGCAGGGACCACAUCUCCUUGCUCCAACUGGGAGUGACCUGAAACGUUAUGGACAGGAGGGUACCGUGUUUGCAGGAUACCAUUAUGACCUUAACUUUCUUACAAUUCAUGGAAGAAGUCGAUUUCCUGGUUUAAAUAUAUGGCUCAGAAAUGGCCAAAAGAUGGAAGUGAAGGUUCCUGUUGGGUGUCUCCUCGUGCAGGCAGGAAAGCAGAUAGAGUGGUUGACUGCAGGACAGUGCAUGGCUGGCAUGCAUGAAGUUGUUGUGACUAAUAGAACAACUGAUGCCAUUAAACGAGCAUUGGAGCAUAACCGAAGUCUCUGGAGGGUGUCUUCAACUUUAUUUUCACAUAUCGCAUCAGAUGCAGUGCUAAGACCACUGGGGCACUUCGCUGACACUCCUGAUGCUGGAAAGUAUCCUCCAAUAUGUGCAGGAGAAUUCGUAGAGCAAGAGCUCUCAGUUAUUAAUCUUAAAGGUAAGAAAUGAAAGUCUUUGUAAAUCUGUCUCGUGGAAGCAAAUAUCAUUCCAGGAUUGGUGGUGUGGUGAUCAAGUAAACUGGAAUAUCAUCUUCUGUAUGGAAUGUUUGGACAUAAAAUAGGCUGAUUUGAAACGAUACAACUAUUAGUAUGCCUUUGAAUAAGUAUUGAGAGAGUACAGUCACAUCCAGUGUUACUAUGAAAGGGGAUAAAAUUGUCUGUUACUUUUACCAUUAUAUUUAAUUCUUACAUACCGAUACAGUGUUACAGUCUGUGAAAUGUUAAUUCUAUCCAACAAUGUUAUCUAUGUGGUG